CAUUAUUCUCUAAGAUCACAGAGAGAGAAGAAGAGAUGGAAGAGACAAACUCGAGAUUCAAUAGGAUUUGUGUUUUCUGUGGUAGCAGUUCAGGCAAGAAAGCUAGCUACCAAGAAGCUGCUGUUGAACUCGGCAAGGAGCUGGUGGAGAGAAGGAUUAACUUGGUGUAUGGUGGUGGAAGCGUGGGGCUGAUGGGUCUCGUUUCUCAGGCAGUUCAUGAUGGCGGGCGCCAUGUUAUAGGAGUUAUUCCAAGAACCCUAAUGCCCAGAGAGAUAACUGGUGAGACUGUUGGAGAAGUGAGAACUGUAUCAAAUAUGCACCAAAGGAAAGCCGAGAUGGCUCGUCAAGCCGAUGCUUUCAUUGCUCUCCCGGGUGGUUACGGCACCCUAGAAGAAUUGCUUGAAGUCAUUACCUGGGCUCAGCUUGGAAUUCACCGCAAACCUGUGGGGCUUUUGAAUGUGGACGGCUACUACAAUUCAUUGUUGAGUUUCAUUGAUCAGGCCGUUGAUGAAGGCUUUAUUUCUCCUACUGCACGUCAGAUCAUCGUGUCUGCUCCAACCGCCAAGCAAUUGGUUAGACAACUAGAGGAAUAUGUUCCUGAGUAUGAUGAAGUAACAUCCAACUUGGUCUGGGAAGAGGUGGACAGGAUAAAUUAUGUGUCCGAAUCAGGGGUCGCCACGUGAAAGGUUGCACGAAUCAUGCAUGACCCCUUUUUGUGUUAUGAAGUGCAGUGUACAUCAUCAGGAAUGGAACUUUGGGUCUUUUUGUAGCCUGAGCCAGAGAACGCUGUACACUUCCUCUCAGAGUUUCUAAUAUAUAUAUAUAUAUAUAUAUAUAUAUAUAUAUAUUAAU